AUGACAGCUCAUCCUCGGAGACAGUGGUCCCCGCCGCGUUCGCAGCGUCCACGGCCCCCGCCAGGCGGCGACGUCAACACCAUUCCUUGGAUCCCGGCACCAGCCCGUCCCAUCGUGUUCAAGAACGCGUCGGUCGUCGACGUCGCAAACAACACUGUGAACAGGUCACAGACUGUGGUGCUCGAGAACGGAGUGUUCACCUCCGUGUCACACAAUUGGAACGUCGUCGUGCCCAACGCCAGGGUGUUCGACCUCGAGGGGCUGUACUUGUGUCCCGGGCUGGUCGACUGCCACGUCCACAUCAACAUGUCGGACGGCCGUCCAAGCUCAGGCUACACCGAGCCGCACCUCCGCGCGACCUACACACUCAAGGCGAUGCUCGCGCGCGGCUUCACUACGGUGCGCGACGUCGGCGGCGCAACGUUCGCACAGGCGCAGGCAGUCAAGCAGUGGCUCACGCCUGGACCGCGACUCUUCCAAGGAGGAAACAUUCUGUCACAAACCGGAGGGCACGGCGACCCGCGUUCGCGCGAGUCUCCCGCCGCGUCGCUCUGCUGUGCACCGGUACCGGAGAUGUCAGUUCUCGCGGACGGCGUGGACGCCGUGACGCAUACCACGCGCGAGUUGAUGCGCCAGGGUGCCGACCACGUCAAGAUUUGCACCUCUGGCGGUGUAUCCUCGCCCACCGACGCGCUCAAGUCGGUACAAUUCUCGCCAGCCGAGAUUCGUGCCAUUACCUCCACUGUCGCGGACAUGCAGGGCACGCUUGUGACCUCGCAUGCGUACACUGUGCCCGCUAUCAGACGGGCGGUGGAGAAUGGCGUGCGAGGCAUCGAGCACGGUAACCUGCUCGACCGGGACACGGCCAAGCUACUCGCGUCCACCGGCACGUUCCUCACCCCCACUCUCAUGAUCUCGACGGCCAAGGGCCGCGCACCGUGGAACGACACGUUGCCAGACUACAUGCGUGAGAAGAACGCCAAGGUCCGCGAUGCCGGCCGCCGGGCGAUCCAGAUAGCAGAGGAGGAGGGUGUGACCGUGUGCUUUGGCACUGAUCUGACCAUGGGGAUGGGAUACCUCCAGUCGGAAGAGUUCACCCAGCGCGCGCAGCUCCUUCCAUCCCACCGCGUACUCGCGCACGCGACAACCAACGCCGCGAAACUCCUAAACGACGACAAGAUUGGCGUCAUCGCGGCCGGAGCUUACGCCGACUGCCUCGUCCUCCCCACUAACCCUCUCGUGGACGUCCGCGUGCUCGAUGUCGGGGAUGACGGGCGGCACGGGGGCAUCUGGGGCGUGGUGCGCGAUGGCCGGAUUGUCGUCGCGCGAGGAGAGUUUGCCGAGCUGGUGGAGGAUGUCGGUGGUUUGGACGUCGUGCUUGGCAUCGACGAGGCCAAGUAAGGCUCGGCUCCCAUUGAACGCCGAGUCUACUCAUGCGUCGUAUGCAUCAAGCUAUCCACCGGAUGCGCAGCAAUGGGAGCAGGAAGGUAAGGCCGAACUUCGGCUGCUCAGCUCCCAUCGGGAGAUGGGCCCUUCCCCCCUGUAGCAUGAGGGCUCUACAUAUCCUCGGCACAUCCCGAGCCACUCCGACAGCCUGAGCCGAGUACAACCCACGGCGACCAGCAACUCCCCUUGAAUCGAGCACGGC